GGUGAAUUGUGAUUAUGAAAAAAUAUUGUCAGCAGGAGACAUAUAAGGUGACUGUAACAGUGAAGGCAAAUAAUCAUGAAUAACAGUCUGUUUAUAUUCACAUUAAUGCAUCAGAUAUUGCAGUCAACAGCAGUGCCUCCGGGUUAUAUCUUCAACAAACUCUUCCCACAAGCUGGACAAUCUCCCGGAUAUCUUCCAGGAUCGACAUCCGGAGUUACACCUCCAGCAUCAGCCUUUCCCAUUCCCGGAAUAACAACUUUAUUUCCUGGCUUUUCGGCGAUUCUUCCUGAAUUGUCAAAUGCCUUUGUAUCAAAUCCAUAUUCGGUUUCUGGAACAUCCGUAAAUCCUGUCGCGUAUACUCCUGGAAAUGUUCCAGCAAUUACAAAUUUUCAAAACGCAAUGCUUCCCGGAUUGUCAAGCACUCCAGGAUUGACUACUGGAUAUGGUCCUGGAACAUCAGAUUCAGCCACUGGAACUUCCGGAGCUGGAAUUCCAGGGAUCAUUCCAGCAAUUACUGCACCCUUUUUAUCAGGAAUAAGUGCAAUUCUUUCAGGAUCACAAUACCUUUCGACACCUGCUACAUCUAGUUCUGAUGGGACAACUGGAUAUCGUCCUGGAACUUCAGAUUCAGCCCCUGGAACUUCCGGAGCUGGAAUUCCAGGAAUCAUUCCAGCAAUUACUGCACCCUUUUUAUCAGGAAUCGGUGCAAUUCUUUCAGGUUCACAAUACCUUUCGACACCUGCUACAUCUAGUUCUAAUGGGUUUGUAGCACCUAACAUUCCUUUUGAUCAAAUCAAAAACCAGAUUGAUGCAGCCAAAGCAAACCUUUUUCAAAACGGACUGACGAACGGCAUUUCACAAGCACUCUCAGGAUUUUUUCAUGGUUUGGUCAAUCCUGUGAAUACAUCAUCAACGAAUAUUCAAAGUAGUUAAACCGUAUCUAUUAUUUACUGAAUUUAUGAAUAGACUGUGAUGAAAUUUUUCAA